GAUACUUUCUCUUUAUAUAAAUAAAAACAAACAUUAUAGGAAGCAGAAGCAGAGCAGCAGCAAAAGUGUCAAACUUUUUCCCCUCUGAAAAGGAAACCUUCUUGGGAUUUGGAUUUUGCUUUCUUUGGAGUAAAAAAGGUAAAUGAUGAAUCCCAAAAGUGAGACAACAACAAACCUCUUUCCAGGUGUCUUCUUCUUCUGUGUGCUCUUCCUCCUCCUCUUUGUUCAACCUUCUGAAGCUACUACUACCAAAGACUCCUCCAAGGGACAAGUCAAGUUACAGAACCAUCGUCUUGGCUCCUCCGUCGUCUUUCCCGUCUCCGGCAACGUUUAUCCUCUUGGGUACUAUUAUGUGUUACUGAACAUAGGAAACCCACCUAAGCUUUUUGACUUAGACAUUGACACUGGUAGUGAUCUCACUUGGGUUCAGUGUGAUGCUCCCUGCAACGGUUGUACAAAGCCUCGUGAUAAUCAGUACAAGCCCAAUCACAACACUCUGCCUUGUUCCCACCUCCUAUGUUCUGGCCUUGACCUUCCCCAGAUAAAAUCUUGUGAUGACCCUGAGGAUCAGUGUGACUAUGAAAUUGGGUAUUCUGAUCAUGCAUCCUCUGUUGGUGCUCUUGUUUCUGAUGAGUUCCCUCUUAGACUCGAAAACGGCUCCACUCUGCGUCCCCAUUUGACGUUUGGAUGUGGGUAUGAUCAGCAGAACCCUGGGCCACACCCUCCACCUCCAACAGCGGGUAUCCUCGGCCUUGGAAGAGGCAAAGUAAGCAUCUCAUCACAGCUUAGUUCCUUAGGGGUAACAAAGAAUGUGAUUGUGCAUUGCUUAAGUCAUAAUGGUAAAGGCUUUCUCUCUAUUGGAGAUGAGCUUGUUCCUUCCUCUGGAGUUACAUGGACUUCACUGGCUCUUAAGCCACCUAGUAAAAACUACAAGACUGGACCAGCAGAGCUUCUCUUUAACGACAAGACCACAGGUGUGAAAGGCAUUAACUUCAUUUUCGAUAGUGGAAGCUCCUACACUUACUUCAAUGCCGAAGCAUACCAAGCGGUUCUCGAUCUUAUAAGGAAAGACUUGAAGGGGAAGCCUUUUAAGGACACAAAAGAAGAUAAAAGCUUACCAGUGUGUUGGAAAGACAAGAAGCCUUUGAAAUCAGUACAUGAUGUCAAGAAAUACUUCAAGACGAUUACUUUACGGUUUGGUGGGAGUCAAAAGAAGGGUCAGCUGUUUCAGAUUCCACCUGAGUCAUAUCUCAUCAUCACUGAAAAAGGAAACGUAUGUUUGGGGAUUCUAAACGGAACUGAGAUAGGGCUUGAGAACUAUAACAUCAUUGGGGACAUAUCAUUCCAAGGGAUAAUGGUGAUCUACGACAAUGAGAAGCAGAUGAUUGGAUGGAUCCCUUCAGACUGUGACAAGCUUCCCAAUGUGGGUCAAGAUGAUGGAGGGAAUUUGUCAGAGGAGGAGGCUUAUCCGAGAGGCUUUGGUUUGAUAGGAGAGCUCUUCUCAGGAACUGAUGCUUCUAGGAACAAGAAAGAUGGAGAGCUUUGACACCAGAGAAGAGUCUUUAGUAGUGAAAUAAAUAUGUUUGGUUAUGCUGUUUGCAUAGAAACAAGGAAUUUUUUUUAGUAUAUAUAUAUAUAUACCCCCUUGUGUAUGUCAUCAGAAAUCAUAAUACU